CAAAAACCCUGUUAAGUCUCAACACUUUCUUAGUUCUUAUUCUUAUUACUCUCAAAAAGUUCUCCAAGAAAACGACCGCCAAAAAACAACUACUUUCUUCGAGUCUUCUCAAUAUACCCACAAAUUAUCAUCACACGUUUGUAUUGAAAACUAUACAGAUUGUAUACAUAUUUAGAAUUAAUAGAUAGACCGAGGGAGAAUAAUAUAUAUGUUUAUAGGGAGAGAGCAUUUGAUGGAGAGGAGUAAAGUUGGAAUUUUUAGUAUGUAGAAAGUGAAAAAAGUUGGAAUCUUUUUUUUUUUUUUCUUUUGAUGCCUUAUGGCAUGUCAGCAGCAGCAGCAGCAGCAGCAGAAGAAGAAGUGGAGGAUCAAGAACAAGGAUGAGCAUUUCAGUUACAUCAGUGGGUUUUGUUGUUCAAAUCAAGAUUUAAUUAUUGCUUCUUGAUUAUUUCUUUACUGAAGAAAUGAAGAGCUGUUACAAUUGCUUCUUGUUUAUCUUCAUCUUGUGGCUCUUCUUUGCUUCAAUAAUUGCACCUCUAACAGUGCAAGGUUUUACCGGGACAUAUGGAAUAAAUUAUGGAAGAAUUGCUGAUAACAUUCCUUCACCUGAUGAAGUUGUCACACUUCUCAAGGCAGCAAAAAUAAGGAAUGUUCGGAUUUAUGAUGCUGAUCACAGUGUCCUGAAGGCAUUCAGUGGUACUGGGCUUGAACUUGUGGUAGGCCUUCCAAAUGAUUAUGUGAAAGACAUGAGUGCUAAUGCAAGUCACGCCAUGACUUGGGUUAAAGAAAAUGUCCAGGCGUUCCUUCCCAAGACAAGUAUUCGUGGGAUUGCUGUGGGGAAUGAAGUUUUAGGAGGAGGUGAUUAUGAACUCUGGGGAGCCCUUUUGGGUGCAGUUAAAAAUGUUCACAAUGCCUUAAAUAAACUUCAUUUAGCUGAUGCAGUUCAGAUCACUACAGCACAUUCACAAGCUGUUUUUGAUAAUUCCUACCCUCCCUCUUCGUGUGUAUUUAGAGAUAAUGUUGCUCAAUUCAUGAAACCACUCUUGCAGUUCUUCGCUCAAAUUGGUUCUCCAUUCUGCUUGAAUGCUUAUCCAUUCCUGGCCUACAUGGGUGAUCCAGGGAAUAUUGAUAUUAAUUAUGCUCUUUUUCAGAAAACUGAAGGUAUUUAUGAUCCAAAAACUGAUCUACACUAUGAUAACAUGCUUGAUGCUCAGAUUGAUGCAGCCUAUGCUGCAUUGGAAGAUGCUGGAUUUAAAAAGAUGGAAGUUAUAGUUACAGAGACUGGUUGGGCUUCUCAUGGAGAUGAUAAUGAAGCUGCAGCAACAUCUGACAAUGCAAGAACAUACAACUAUAAUCUGCGUAAAAGGCUUGCAAAAAGGAAAGGUACUCCUUUCAGGCCAAAAAUGGUAGUAAAGGCAUAUGUUUUUGCUAUAUUUAAUGAGGAUUUGAAGCCUGGACCAACUUCUGAGAGGAAUUUUGGACUGUUCAAGGCUGAUGGGAGCAUUUCAUAUGAUGUUGGGUUUCAUGGACUUAAAUCUUCAUCAGCAGAAUCAUCACUUUUUUCUUUGAAGGCUGUGCGAGAUCAAGGUUUCUCCAGUUCUUGUUUUUUGAUAUUUACAAUCUCUGCUGUGGCAUCACUCCUAUUUUUGAGACAGUGAUGUUGCACCAGUCCUCCUUAUAUGUUAGAGCAAAACCGGCAUAUGGAAGUCAAUUUGUAGGUUCAAUAGCAUUCUUGUCACUCCUUGGAGUUGAGAAAUACAACAUUUAUUAUUGUCUCUGCAUAAAGCAUCCGCCAGAAAUAGCUGAUUAUUAUAUUUCUAGCAAAUGUAAUUUUUUUUUUUUUUUUUUCUCUUUUUGUUGCUUUGCCGAAAGUUUCUUUUCUGGAGUAUCUGGUAAAAAAGUAUAUGCUACUUCUGCGAGUAAACGAACCUUUCAUUAGGUUCAAAAUAUUUCCAAAGCAUUAUCAGUCAGGCCAUCAAUUUCUUUGCAUAUGUAUUAUUUUACACUUCAGCAAUGCAAUUUUCGCAGCAAAAAAAGCUCAGAUCAUACCCACAUCCAGGCAACAUUAGAAAAUAGGCUUCUUCAUGUUUUUUUUUUUUUUUUUUGUAACAAUCAAGAGCUAAUAAGGGGCAGAGGGAGCUAUCAGUCAUAGCAACUAUUGUUGGGUGUGACCAUACGGGUCCUUCUCCGCUACAAAAUAUUCAGAGAGCCACAGCUACCGGAUCCAAGCACAUCACAACAACACUAAUUUCAGGGCCUGGAGAAAGAUCCAACUAAAAUGGGUCCUGAAAAUGCCUUCAAGAAACUGUCUCCCUCAGGAUUCGAAUUCAGAAUCCUAAACCACUUGGUAAAAGUCAUCCUCGCCAUCAGAAUAGGCUUCUCUUUGUUUUAUGUUUUCUUGACAGACAAUGGGACCAUUGUUGUAUUAUUAUUAUUAUUUAUUAAGGAAAUUUAUAUUUGUGAAUCGACCACAGAAUUCUGGUUAUUCUUUAAUCAAUAUGGAUGCUGUCAGCAAUUACA